AUGGCAAAAAAAUUAAAAGAAGCUGUCAUUGAAAAUCACGAGGUUGAGGAACUUGUUAAAAGUUCUGGUUUAUAUACAUUGCUAAAAUGCAGCUAUGAGAUCGACAAAGGUCUAAUUUCUGCCUUUGUCGAGAGAUGGCAUUGCAACACCAACAACUUUCAUCUUCCAAUUGGGGAGAUGACCAUUACUUUGGACGAUGUCUCUUCGUUGUUGCAUAUACCCAUCAUCGGUGCAUUCUUCAGUGUUAAUAUAUUUAACAAGGAUGACGCUGCAGAAUUGUUGGGUGAGCUUCUUGGGCAUUGGCAGAUGGCUGCGAGGGCAUUUCUUUUAUUUUUGGUGGGUUGCACCUUGUUCAGCGACAAGAGUGCCUUUGCAGUGAGUGUUGCCUACCUUGAACGUUUCAGAGACCUCAACUCAUGCGAGGGAUAUGCAUGGGGUGCAACUGCGCUUACUUACCUAUACGACAAUCUUCGAGAAACGAGUAUGCAUCAGACUAGAACAGUAUCAGGGUAUCUAACACUAUUACAGGCGUGGGUGUAUGAGCAUUUUCCAGCAUUAUGUGCGAAUUGUUGUAGACUAUCUCAGAUUUAUGAUGAGGACUAUCCAAGAGCACUUAGAUGGAAGCCAAAACGGGAUAAAGGUUUGGUUAUUCCAUUUAGGAAAGCAUUGGACGAGAUUGAUGUUGAUGGCAUAUGUUGGACACCCUACAGAUAG